CAGCUCUCCCCACGGAAGCCAUGCACCCCAUUCCCAUCCCCUGAUACGCGGUCCAACCCCUUCCCCCUCGCCAUUUCUCCGAGCGCCCAAUUCUCCGAAUGACCCAGUCCUCUGCAAUUGUGUUGCCAUGCAGAACGUGGGGGUGGUGGCCAUGCGCUACCCGCCUAUGGGAUGGAGGCAUGGCCAUGGGGGGAUGGCUCUUCCAAGCCGCGAGCGUGUGGGGUGCGUGGGGGUUGCCUCGGGGCUCCCAUCUUCUGGAUGGAGUCACGGCUCAAACUCCGAUUCUCCAUUCAAAUGAGGGCCACUGGCUUCUUAUAUCAUGACCAUGGCAUGCUCAUCGCCCUCCUUCUGUAGCCCCUCUCUCCCCGCAUCCAAUUCCAAUCCCUAUCCCAUUCCCAUCACUCCUACCUCACUCUCUCUAGACUUCCACCCAGACUAACCAUCAAUUCACUCACCACCACCACAAUGGCAAUCACUGCUCGCCCCCUCAGACCCGGCAUCUACGUCCCAACUGUCGCCUUCUUCACUGAGCCCAGCGAAGACCUCGACCUCGCCACCACCGCUCUCCACGCCACCUACCUGGCCCAAGCCGGCGUCACCGGCAUCGUCGUCCAGGGCAGCAACGGUGAAGCCGUUCAUCUCAGCCGUGAGGAACGCAACCUCAUCACCAGCACCACCCGACAGGCCCUCGACACCCAUGCUCCCUCCACCCCGCUCAUCGUCGGCUGCGGCGCCGCCUCCACGCGCGAGACCAUCCAGCUCUGCCAAGAUGCCGCCGCCGCCGGAGGCGACUACACCCUCAUCCUCCCUCCCUCCUACUACAAGUCCUUGCUGUCAUCUGAGGACAUCCUCGCUCACUUCCGACUCGUCGCCUCCGCCUCCCCGAUCCCCGUGCUGGUAUACAAUUUCCCCGGCGCCUCGUCGGGCCUGGACCUCUCCUCGGACGAUAUCCUGGCGUUAGCGGAGCAUCCCAACAUCGUCGGCGUGAAGUUGACGUGCGGGAACACGGGAAAACUGGCGCGCAUUGCGGCGGAAGCCAAACCGGGGUUUUUGACUUUCGGAGGCUCUGCGGAUUUCACACUCCAGACAUUGGUGGCCGGUGGUCAUGGAGUGAUUGGCGGCGUAGCGAACCUGAUCCCUAGGUUGAGUGUGAAGGUGAUGGAGUUGUAUCAAGCGGGCCAGGUUGCCGAGGCGCAGCGGUUGCAGGCAGUCGUGGCGAGGGCGGAUUGGCAGGCCAUCAAGGGCGGGUUUGUGGCGGUCAAGAGUGCAUUGCAGUCCUACCGCGGCUAUGGCGCGUUGCCGAGGCGGCCUUGUGUCGUGCCCUCGGAGCUGCAGGUCACGGCUUUGAAGGAGGCGUUUGCAGAGGCAUUGGAUGCAGAGAGACAGUUGGAGAAGCAGGCUUAGCUGUGCCUCUCUACUCCGUAGUUGCGAUGCAUUAAAUGAAUCAAGGAUAUUCUAACCUCCACAUCAAAU